CUAGCCAUCAACUUCCCUUCGCGCAUUACCUGAGAGAAAACGCCAAGCACCUCACGAUGCCGGCCGGCCAUGGUUUGAGAUCUCGUACCCGAGACUCCUUCUCUAGGCCAUUCAGGAAGAAGGGUACCAUCGCCCUCACUACUUACCUUCGCACCUACAAGAUUGGUGACUACGUCGACAUCAAGGUCAAUGGCGCCGUCCACAAGGGUAUGCCUCAUAAGUUUUACCAUGGUCGUACGGGCCGUGUCUGGAAUGUCACCAAGCGCGCUAUCGGCGUCGAGGUCAAUAAGCAGGUCGGUAACAGGAUAAUCAGAAAGAGAAUUCAUGUGCGUGUUGAGCACGUGCAGCCUUCAAGGUGCACAGAGGAGUUCCGUCUUAGAAAAAUUAAGAACGACCAGUUGAAAGCAGAGGCAAAGGCCAGGGGAGAGGUCAUCAGCACUAAGAGGCAGCCUGAGGGCCCCAAGCCAGGUUUCAUGGUUGAAGGGGCGACAUUGGAGACUGUAACACCCAUCCCAUAUGAUGUCGUUAAUGAUCUUAAAGGCGGUUACUAGUUCUGAAUUUAGUUGUUUUUCUUCUUUGUUGAACCAAGUAGCUUCCUAUGGAUUUGAACCCUUGUAUGUGGUCAUUGGAAGAACCGUAUUAUUAGUCCUCUGCACAACUAGACCCCCAAGUUUUGCUUUAUUUCUGAAUACAAAGGCGUGUUUUCAACCCUUUUUUGGAUACCUUGAGCUAUGAGUCAUAAUUUAUUUUUGCGCUUGGUUUUGUUUUAA